AAUUACUUUCUUUUAGAGGCCGGCGACGAAUUCAAGUGUCAAAAGAGGCAAUUUCAUGGAACUUUUAAUCCGUACAAUCAUGACAUCUGACACGGCCAGUAAUUAUGCAAAUACGCAAAAUGGCAGUUUAUAAUCUACUUUUUGGUUGCAAUCCCAGAAGAUACCCACAAGUCUGAGCCUAUAAACCAAAAAAAUAAGCUUAAAACUUUAAUUUGAUAUGAUUUUUAAACCAGAUUUAGGCCGCAACUUUUGAGAUAUUUUCCCUCAAAUCUUCCUUACUUUCAGGGUUUGGAUUAAGCCUGCAAAAUAGGUAUUCCUUGAACCACUGUAACUUGAACACGUUUUGAUCAAAGAUAUUUUUAUUUAGCCUGUGAACUAUCGAAGGUUGACUAAAAAAACUGAAUCGAACAGAUUUUUUGUGCGGGCAUUCGUUUGUUUGCAACGCGCUUUUCAAAAUCCAUCAAUUUUAGUCUUUGAAACACUCUCUCAGAAGCCGAGACGGAUUCAAUUCGUUUUUGGCUUGUAGCAGAGCUAAGAAUAAGAAUUUGAAAACAAAAAAAGCGAUUUUAGUAUAUACCUACUAAAGCCUCUUCACCGACAAAAAAUAAAGGAAAAGUAUUUUUUGUCGCGAAAUCGAGUGGACCGCUUUUAGGGAGACUGCCUCUUAAAUCGCUCACCAACUUUUAUAUUUUUCAAACCGCUCUCAAGAGUGGUUUAGGACCCUGCUUGAGUGUGUUCGAGAUGGUAACAGAAUUCACACUGGAAUGUGAUUGAUAAUUUUAAUUUCCUGUCCACCCUAAUCCGGGUAUCAAAAUGUAUGCGGUUGCAAAAAUGUCCGGAUUUGUGUAGACUAGGCAUUGUAUUAUUUUUUUUAGAUGCAGUAAAUAGAGGUUAAUGUGCACGAUUACUUAUAACCAGUGGAUGCGUAAUUCAACCUGACUCUUCCCGCGAUCUUGAUGCGAAGUCGUUCACCAUUGGUAUGGAUUGAAAAUAAAUUUGUGAUGGCAAACCAGUUUACUUAGUCAGUAAUUCGACUAUUUGGGGGUUUUCCUCAGCGCUUAGAGAUUUUUCUUUCCAACUUUUGAACGUAUUGAAAUGGUAACGGAACAAGCAAUUUAUUGCUUAUGAUUGCUAUUUAGGUUUUAUGCAAAAACCCACUUUAAAUAAAAUUAAACAGGAAAAAAUUCAAUUUAAAUAAUGUUUGGAAAAGUCAGUUAGUUUCAGAGAAGAACAACUUAUCAAGCAAGAACUCGAUAGUUACCCAAUCACGAAAUCAUGACACGUUUGUUGAGUAUUCUAGUCUUUAAAAGGAAUCGCUAAUAAAGUCUUUUCUGUUAAUUUUCGGCGGGAAUGUCUUAUAAUUACACACUCCACAAGCGCAAACUGUGAACGACGUUAAUUACAAUAACAAACUGCGUACUCUUCGAUUACAUCAGUAGACCGCGAGCGGUCGUCCUUCUUUCCUCAGAGCCAGGAGCAGCGAGCGAAAAAGUAAAACUACGCCAAUUAAUGGGAAAAAGGAGGAGCUUAUUUUUUCUUCGCUCGGUCUUCCUCCCUCGUUCCUAGCGGCCUCGCCGCUCGCCCUUCACGCGUGCUUUUGAGGUGUGACGCAAAAGAAAAACAUCAGCUACAAGCAAAAGGUUCGUUUUUGCUCUUCCAGGCAAUCCUUACGGUAUAGACAUACUCGCGUCACGCACCACUCACACGCGUCACACACUCUAUAUUAAUGAGAUAUAAAUUAACUCUUAUUCCUAAUAAGACCCCUACCUCGAUAAAAUAUAGUUACUAACUUCUCAGUUUUGUUUGGAGGAUGCCGUAUUUCGAAACAAUCGUAUGAUUUUUGUUUUUCAAUUUUAACGGUUUUUGGCGGGAAAAUGUCGUCACAAGAUUGACACUAAAAUUCAAAUUUCAACUAAUGAUUUAACAAAUAAGUACUGAAUUUUGAAAGAGCAUGACAGGACAGAAUCAGAUGUAAAAAAACUUUUUGAAGGGUCAAUUGAUUUAAGAGAUACAACAUUCUGAAAGGCGCUUUUGUUUCUAAAAAUAGCAACAAAAUGGCGGGAAAUUCAAAAAUCAAAGCUCAAUAAUUUCUUAGCCAAAUGAGCUUUUAGAAAAAUUUUUUAACAUUUGAGUCAUCUCGUCAUGCUCUUUCAAGAUGACCUUUUUGUUGUAUCAUCAUUUGAAAUUUAAAUUUUGCUGUCAAUCUUCUGACCCCAUUUCCCGCCACAAACCGUUAAAAUCGAGAAACAAAAAUCAUACGAUUGUUUCAAAUAUAAAGUUCUACCAUCCUGCAAACUUUGAGCUCAAACGGAUAAAAACUGCGACUGUUAUUCCUAGAGUGUCGUUUCAUGCGUUCCGCUGGCCUGGCGUGUAAACGCCCUUGUACGCUGUUAAAAUUGUAUUAGACGCCCCUCUCAAAUAAACUCCCUCUGUCUAAUAGACGCCCCCUAUGAGAAUUAAACAAAAAUACCAGGACUAGCAAAAAGAAGAAAAAUCAAUCAGUUCAUUCAGUUUCUUACCGGAUUAACAAGGCUUUGCGUAUUUCACCUUAGUCAAGUUUACAGUGGGAAUAGACUAACGAUGGCAACACAAUAACGCUGAGCGAGGAUUCUGACAUCGAUGAUGGGAUUUAACAGAGGAUAUGGAUCUCUAGACGGCCUAGACGAAUAAGAAAAUAAGCGCAUCCUAUCUAUUAAACGCCCCUGCUUGGAACACUAAAAUUAAAUAAACGUCCCGGACGCUAUUACGGUCAUUAACGGUAUUCUCUUCCGCUUCGGCAACCCACUAGCCUGUUUCAGGCUCUCAGAUAGUGAGGAAGACUCGAAAGAAAAAGUCACACGAAAAGUUGGUGGGGCGGGAACCAUGCUCUCCCCAGUUUCUUCCCGUUUUAUUUUCGCAUUUGCGCUUUUUCAAAAGAGUACUAAAUUGAUGACGUCCUAAAAACAAAAUUUGUGAAAUUAUAGGAUUUCUCAAGAUAUUCUGAAAGAACAACGUCCAAGACGCCUACUUGCCAAAACUUGGCAUUUCGGAGCAAAUUGUCCCUGACAUAUUAGCCCAGUUAGGCUCUGAUGACUACAUUCAAAUCCUUCUAAAUUUGCCUUGGGUCUAAACGUUUAGACCGAAGUCAAAUUUUGUUGUAUGGAGUCAUCAGAGCCUAACUGGGCUAAUAUCUCAGAGUCAAUUUGCCCCACAAUGCUAGUUUUUGGCAAGUAGGCCUUUUGGUUGUUGUUCUUUCAGAGUAUCCUGACAAAUCCCAUAAUUUCACUAAAUUAAUUUUUUUUAUGACAUCACACUUUAGUACUCUAUUCAGCGUACCCGACUAUCUCGGAGCCUGGAACAGGCAACCUAGCUACCGCCCCAUAUUAUGUGUAAUCAACUUUACCUAUUUAUUGAUUUAUGACUAUUCAGGUAGAUCUGUUUACCAAGUUGGAUUGGAAAAAGCCUUUGAUCUGUUGAAGGCUUCUGCUGUUGGUGAAUCUGACAAAACUAAGAGGAGAAUUAUUUUAUUCCUCACGGAUGGCGAACCAACAGAUGAUAGACGUUUGAUCUUUCAAACGAUAAGAGACAAGAACUUGGAGCUUAACAACUCAGUCAUAAUUUUUACGUUUGGAAUUGAUACACAUAAUCCUGAAAUCCUCACAGACAUUGCUAAUCAAAAUACAACAAAAUAUGGCUCUCCCCGAAAUGUGUCCGUUGGAGAUAUAACGGUAAAGUACAUGUAGACCAGCUUUUUACAUUUGCAAGGCAAUUCGCUUACGUCUAAGGCAGCUUCCUUGUCAAAUCUGAGACGCCUUCAGUAACUUUUUCGGUUUUAACGCGGCGGCUUCAAAACUUAAAUGAAACCUAGCUUCGCUUGCUGACGGCCGGCGAGUGCCUCGUAAUGAUCCCAGAAACAAUUGCGGGUUGAAUUUCAGCUCCGUUCCCUUCUCGUUCCUAAAGUGACGAUGAGAAAAGUCGAUUUGACCCGCGAUAAACAUAAUUUUGCAAAAUUAGAGCAUUAGAGAUCCUACUUAAGAGAAUCUCUUGACUGAUGUAUUAUGCAAGGGCGAGAGCAACCUAUCGUCAUGGACCUAGUGUCCUAUCUAGAAAGUAGAAGUUUCUCGUCAAAGGUUUAAGGUUUUUACGAGCUCCAAAGCAUUUAGUUUAUUUUUACACUAGUCCCGUUCGUAAUUAAUCGUCUUAAGAUGGUUCAGUUCAAAAACCUUAUACUUUUGGUCUUACUAGCUUUCCUUAAAGGGUUUGCUAAUAUUUAAUUAGGUGCCAGAAAAUCCUCAAUCUGUAAGUCACAGCUUUUUGUCUGCUUUUCCUUAUUAGCAUGGACAGUACACUGCAGUAACGGAAGAUAUUAACUCGCUGCCAACGAAGAUGGUAUCGUACUAUAAUUAUCUUCCUCGAGCGCGGCUGGAUCAACCAGUAGUGACCGUCCCGUAUGUUGAUGGAUUUGGAACAGGUAUUGUUUGUCUCUUAACACUCCCCGAUCACCCCUCCCCCACCACCACAACGUUAAUUAGCUAACUGCCAUCGAAAAGCCCCGGGUAGGCGCAAGACUGCGAGGCGGCAGCCUUAUAGAGCCGCGCGCGAUUGUUUCAGAGGCAGAAAAAAUCUCGAACCGAUGUAACAUAUAGUAAUGUAAGGCAACAUUUAUGACGUAAUGCAGAACAGAGAAUGCAUUGUUUCCAAGCGAACACGUGAUACAUAUCAGAGCAUCCACGAGCCGUGUGCGUGUUUGUGAGCCCUGUGCUCAUCCCGUCUUCAACUAAUCGUCUGGUGGAUAUUCAUAUUGACCACUAAAAUACCAUAACAUACCAUAAUGCUCUUUAUUUGUCACCCCCAAAUUUUGUAUUAGCAUUGUUUUCAGUUUCUCUUGGGACCAUUUUAACUCCCAAGAGAAACUGAAGACAAUGCUUAUGCAAAAUUUUGGGGUGACAAAUAAAGAGUAUUAUGGUAUGUUAUUGUAUUUUCUGGAUUGGUCAAUUGCAUCAUACGCAAUAGCUGUCGCAUUUGCCCGCUGGAAUUUUUUAUUGCAUGUCUGCCGCUAAGAAAAAACAACGCCGUAAAAUUGAUUGUGUCUUUGAAGUAAAAUAAUUUGGAAGGCUUCAUCGGCGUACCAAAAAUCUUAUUUAUCUUUAACAAGAGACCAAAUAUAAAUCGGUACGUUGGUUGAUCGGUUCGCGGAGUUGAAUACGAUUUUUCGAGGAUUCUAAAUUGGCUUAUAGGACCACUAAAUUUUACGCCAAAUGACAUGUGCGCAACUCGGACAAAAACACGAACUUCAAUAUCUCGAAAAAUUUGCUAAAUAAAGUCAGGACUUAAAAUUCUUUAUGCAGUAGAACGGUUUAGUUCACUUUUUUCAGAAGACAAACUUAAAGCAAGGGACACACAUACACCAAUCCAUGCUCCGCCUUCCCUGCGCACGUCGAGGGAGAACUGCCGUGCGGUUCCCAGCCAACAGCUCCCACAUGUGUUGUGUGGACCUGGCGCUUAAAGGAAUGCUUUGCACUCGCCCCGUGUGUAGAGGGUUUUCCCCGUUCAUUCACACUACGGCUAUGCCAUGUUGAUGAGCCCCGAUAAAUGCCAAACAAACGUCCGUGGCUGCCACUACCCUAGUGAUAUGGCCGGCGCAUGCGUGAGUUGGUGUGCACCCCUUGCUUGCACUAUUUUCAAGGUAAUUUUCACUUAUGCAAUCGAACAAGUUCAAUUUUUUUUAUAAAUUUCUGUAAUUCAUAACAUUUCUGAAAAAAAUUGAAUAGCGCGCGCAUAUACGUAAAAUCUUUGCUCGUUAGCACUUAGCGAUAGCUAUGACUAGUUAAUAGGGUGAAAGAUACUUCUUACUGUUGGCGCAAAAUGUAAGCUUUUAUAUCAAAUUUAUAUUUUCACAUGUUAUAGUACAAAAUCGUCGUAGAAACGUUUCUAAGAUGGCUUCUUCGAGGUUAAAGGAUGUUUCGGAGGACGAUAUUACCUCCUUGCGAAAAGACCCUCGAAUAGUCUUCGCGGUAUUUUUAAAAAUACAUUUAAACCUGAGGUCUUGGUUUUGUUGGAGUAGCUUUUUGGAACUCGACGGGUGCACAACUUUCAAUAGGUUACAUUUUGUUCUUAUUGACCAAUUUAUACGUGGCACUAACUUAUUCCGUCACAAUGUAUGAACAAACAACAAAAGAUUGCGCACCGUCAGGAAGUUGCAUGAAGAUAAAUCGUAGAUACUCUAGUUUCUUGGCCAUCUUAGCUUAAGAAGAAGCCAAAAAAAAAAAAUAGAAAAGCAAACUGCGGUGAUAAACAUAAGAAAAUAUAAACGCAUUUUGGAAAGAAAUAAAACUUUAACUAGACGUUUCGUAUGUUCCAACAAUACCUGAGCCGCGAAACUUGAUGCCCUUUUCAAGGAGACGCGAAAAUAAUACCCCGCAAAAUACUGUCCCGCCAAAAUCGCGAAGUUAAGUACCUGCAAAAUUAACUGUACCAAUAAGGUGCUUGGUGGCGGGGACAUGUAAAGAUGUGUGAUCGGUGAAUAAAAGAGCUUGAGGAAUUUUUUUUCUCUUGUGAUCAGGUCUUCUGAUGUCAAUCACUCUUCCAUGCUACGAUAAAACGGGAAACUUCGUAGGCGUAGUAGGGACAGAUAUCAACCUGGAGGACCUUCAAUCUGACACCAUGUUCUUUAAUCAGGAUCAGACGACCUACACCUUUAUGAUCGAUAAAACAGGAAGGACCUUAAUUCAUCCUCUUCUCCCAACACCUUCUGGAGCGUAUGAUGCCCCUUUUUUCAUAGACAUUAGGACCCUGGAAUCUGAUUCGAAGUUUCUUGAGGUGUUUGCUUCUAUGACAAGGUAUGUAUGCAUUUACCUUCGUUGUAGCUAUUCGCUGUUUUUUUCUAUGUGUCAGUGGCCUUAACCCAUGAACAAGAGAAGGCUAGGUGAGCUGAGACAGACGUGAAUGUCCUGUAAAUCUGCAUACAUUUCUUGGUGUGAAAAAGAUAGUAUUCAGUAAUUGUGGAAGCUUGCUAGUCCUCGUUUUCCUUCUUCAUCUGGAGAUUAGGGUGGGGUGGGCUGACACUUUUGCUUUUAGUACCUGAAUGAAGGUGAAAUGGUGUAGAUCUUUGUUUUUUUGCUUAGCACCUUUUUUUGACUUUGGUGACUCUUCUGUUUAAACAAACAGGGGUGAAUCUGGAUCAACAACUUUCGUAGCCACACGGUAUUUAUCUCGAGGAGGUGACAUCAAAGACGGAGUGCUGGUAAAGCAGCUUAAUUCGUCUUAUUUUUGGUCUCCUGUGGAAAAGACGGAUUUUUCCAUUGGUAUGGUUAUACCUGUUACCCAAGAAAACGAGGUGUUAAACACUUUACAACUUCCCAAAGGUAAGGAUGGUUUCAGUUUACAAGUUUAACAAGUUUACCUCAUCAUCUUCCUUCAAUUCCCUUCUUGUUCCCUAAAGAAAGUUCAGGUCUUAAGGCCAGAUGUCAGUUAAUCGCUAGUUGUGAUUGGAGGGGGGGGGGCUGGGUGGACGCUUGGUGC